AUGUAAACACCACCUCCUCCACCUUAUGGCUAUACCCCAGGAUAAUAUCCUCCUCCUCCUCCUCCUGCAUAUGGAUAAACUCCCUACCCUCAAUAGCCUGGAUAUUAGCCACCUCCUACUGGCUAUCCUUAUCCACCUACGCCUGGUUAUCCCCCUCCUGCUGGUGGAUAUCCAUAACCAGGAUAUCCCCCAGCUCCUGGCUAUCCUCCUGCUGGCUAUCCCCCUGCUCCUGGCUAUCCUCCUGCUGGGUAUCCUCCUACUGGUUAUCCUCCCUAACCAGGUUAUGUUCCCCCUCCUAAUUAUACUUAACCAUACCCACCUUAAUAGUAAAUUAUUUAUAUUAUUAUAGAUAUCCUGGUUAAUAUCCAGCAACUGCUAUGGUUAUGCCAUAAGGAUAAUAUAAUUAUGCUGGAGGAAAUAUUUAGAUAAAAAUAAGACCUAAUUGCUAUUUGUAUAAUAUAUUUUAAACAUCAGAUGUGGAGGGACUGGUUUUUAUAUGAAAAAAUGUAAAAGAAAGCAAUGCAAAGAUUGUUUAUGGGCUAUGGGAGUCUGUUUAAAAUGUAAUGGAACUGGAUGGAAUAAGAAGGGAAAGGUUUGCAAAUGCAAAAUGUAUAAAAUAUAUUGAAUCAUUCAAAUAAAAUAUUUGAU